AUGGCUGCUCACACCAUCCUCUCGUUCUCAUCGCCUUCUCGCCUUCUCAUUGCUAAUUCAUCCAAUCCGAAUUCACCACUCCUCUCUUCUUCCUCUUUCCGCGGCGUCUCUCUCAACCCUUACCGUCCCCAAUCCGUUUCCUUCUCCGCCAGAGCUCCGUCGAAGAAAGCUUUAACAGUCGUCUCCGCCGCGAAAAAAGCUGUUGCGGUUCUCAAGGGUACCUCCGAUGUCGAAGGAGUUGUUACCUUGACACAAGAAGACACAGGUCCCACAACUGUGAAUGUUCGUAUCACCGGACUCGCUCCAGGGCCUCAUGGAUUUCACCUCCAUGAGUUCGGUGAUACAACAAAUGGAUGCAUCUCAACAGGACCACAUUUCAACCCUAACAACAUGACACACGGAGCUCCUCAAGACGAGAUCCGUCAUGCGGGUGACCUGGGAAACAUAAUUGCCAACGCCGAUGGCGUGGCAGAAACAACACUAGUGGAUAAUCAGAUUCCUCUGACCGGUCCUAAUUCUGUUGUUGGAAGAGCCUUUGUGGUUCACGAGCUUAAGGAUGAUCUCGGAAAGGGUGGGCAUGAGCUUAGUCUGACCACAGGAAACGCAGGCGGGAGAUUGGCUUGCGGUAUGGUUAAACAAUUCGAUUACUAUGAAUUAUGA